UUGACAGGCAGCAGAGGAUGCUUCGCAUAGGGAUUCUGGUUGAGUACCUCGCCAUGAUCGUCGAGGCCUAGCCGUCCGAGUACAUCGUUGACCGAAUUGUUGCUUGCGACGGGUGCCAUGGUUGCAAGGUGAGCGAGAUGUUCGAGGAAGUCUGGCCUUAUGUCGAGAGGCUAGCCCGGACUUGUACGGCGCAAGACCAUCAUUGCUUGCUCCGAUGGAUCAGCUGGCCUCGUCCACGGACAGCAGUGCGCAAAGGAAUGCUCCGUUCUUGCUCGAACGCGGGGUAACAUCGGACUUGGUCGUUCGGGCUGCGGUACAAGUCCGAUAUUGCGGAACAAGUCCGAUGUCAAGCACUGAUCGACUCGCUGACUUGUACCGGCUAUGUAGAGUCAGCAGCAGUCUGAUAGCAGAGGGUCCUUGCUGCUCGACGCAAGUGCAAAGCAAGCUCAGCUCGACAUGUCAACCCGCCUUGUCUCCUACCUCUCCAAGACUUCGGGUCGGAUCGCUGUCGGUCGACUGUCCAGCGAUGGCAACAGCGUCUGCCCCGUCACUGAUUCGUGCGGCAAGCACUACUCCGACUUUUAUCAGCUCAUCGACGAAUGGAACACCAAGCUCGUGCAAGGCAAGGCGCUCGGUGAAGGCACGCCUGUCGAGCAGGUGAAUGACAUCAAAGUACUCGCACCUUUGCGCGACAGAGACGUGCUAGCCGUCGGCAAGAACUACAAAGCACACGCUGCAGAGUUUCAGAAGUCUGGCUAUGACUCGAGCGACAGGAACGAACAGCCCAGCCAUCCUGUCAUUUUCACCAAGCGCGCUUCCUCUAUCAUAGCCAAUGGCGAGCCCAUCUAUCCUCACACAGAGUUGUCUGCCACGCUCGACUUUGAGGGCGAGCUCGGUGUCAUCGUGGGGCAAGGCGGUCGAGACAUAGCUCGAGCAGACGCGCUCAAGCAUGUCUUUGGCUAUGUCAUCAUCAACGACAUGACCCACAGAGACAUGCAACGAGAUCACAAGCAGUUCUUCCUGGGCAAGUCCCUCGAUACGUUCUGUCCAAUGGGUCCCUUCGUCGUACCUGCCACCGAAAUCGAUGCCACAAAGCUGACACUGACGACUUAUAUCAAUGGCGAAAAGCGUCAGGAUCAGCUCACUGGCGAGCUCAUCUUCGACAUUCCGACGCUCAUCGAAUCUUGCUCCAAAGGCCUCACAUUGCAGAGUGGCGACAUCAUCGCGAGUGGUACACCGGCCGGCGUUGGCAUCGGUCGCUCGCCGCCCGUCUUCCUCAAGCCCGGCGACAUGAUCGAUGUCAGCAUCACCGGUUUAGGCACGCUGUCCAAUAGAGUCGGCGAGGCUUCUAUGGCGCCCCCUCGCAUCGAUACACUCGCUACCAGUCUUAAGCUCACUUCAUCGCCGCCCGAUAAUAAUGUAAUCGCGCUUGCAUCAGGCAAAUCGCUACAUGUCGAGACGACGGGCUCAGGACCUGCUCUGCUGUUCCUGCACGGCUUAGGUGGCUCCUCACACUUCUGGACAACCGUCAUCGACCAGAGUGCGCUAUCGUCCUCGCACACGAUUAUCACAUAUGACUUCGAUGGUCACGGUCAGAGUCCUUUCUCAGGCAAUACGCUCUCCGUCACAGAGCUCGCGCAAGAUGCCAUGGAAGUUCUCGCCGCUCUCAAGAUCAGCACAGCGACUAUCAUCGGGCAUUCCCUAGGAGGCCUGGUGGCUACGACAUUUGCUUCGACAUACCCAAAAGCGGUCAACAAGCUCAUCCUUGUCGGCGCGGUCAAAGCUAUCCCGGAGGCUGCCGCUGCCAACACGAUGAACCGUGCUCGCACAGUCAACAACGCCGGUAUGUCUGACGUCGCAGCAGCAGUAGCAGAGGCUGCCACCUCGAAGAAGACGAAGAAUGGCGGUCGCUUGGCAUACAAUUACAUCAAGACUCUCGUGGCAUCGACUAAUGCGCCGGCUUAUGCUUCUGCUUGUGUAGCACUGGCGACUGCUCAAGAUCCCAAUUACGCCCAGAUUCAGGCAGAUACACUCAUACUUUCUGGCGCAGAGGAUCCAAUCUCGCCCAAAGCGACAACCGACUUCCUUGCCAACGCGAUCAAGAACUCGCAUGUCGUCGUGCUGCCAGAUGUCGCACAUUGGCAUGCUCUAGAAGAUUCUGCAGGGACGGCCUCACACAUUGCGGAUUUUGUGCAAUAGAGCUCGAGAUCGACUGGACGCUUGCAUCUACCCCUACAUACAAGCCCACAGGCAUUACAAC